CAACAUUCACCGUUUGAUGAUAAGCGGGACCCAGGUCAAACCUCCAGACCAGACAAAAUUCGUUUCUUUAAUUUCCCGGCAAGACUAAUACUCUUCAAAAACCCUAAUGCACUCAUCACCACCACCGCAACCACCGCCAUCGCCAAUACGAAAAACCUCUAACUUUACUGUCUGUUAAGCUAAAUAAAUCCCAAUCAAAUCACACUACUUUGGUCGACCAUUUAGCUCUAUAACAAGAACCGUAUUACGAUUUCUUGGAUUCAAUCUUAUAAAUUCAAUCAAUAUCUGGCCAUUUGUGAAAUUUUCUUUUCUUUUCUUUUUUCAAUUUCAUCACCAAAGUUUUUUUUACUCUUGCCACUAGAUUGACCAGAAACCCAAUUCAGGUUUGUCUUUCUCAUUCAAUAAUUUUCUAUCUUUUUAGUCCUCCAAUGGCGGAGGAUAAAAUUGAAAACUGCAGUGAGGCAAGUGACUACACGUCUGAGGAUGAGGGGACUGAAGAUUACAGGAAAGGAGGAUACCAUGCGGUGCAUGUUGGGGAUAAAUUCAAGAAUGGACGUUAUGUGGUGCAGAGCAAGCUUGGUUGGGGUCAUUUCUCUACUGUUUGGCUCGCAUGGGACAUUCAAGGAUUGCGUUAUGUAGCUUUGAAAGUUCAAAAGAGUGCUCAACACUACACAGAGGCAGCUAUGGAUGAGAUAAAGAUUCUCAAGCAGAUUGCUGAGGGAGACCCAGAUGAUAAAAAAUGUGUUGUAAAGCUUCUGGAUUAUUUUAAGCACUCUGGGCCUAAUGGACAUCACAUGUGUAUGGUUUUUGAGUUCUUGGGAGAUAAUUUGUUGACCCUUAUUAAGUAUAGUGAUUAUGGAGGGGUUCCUUUACACAUGGUCAAAGAAAUAUGUUUUCAUAUUUUAGUGGGUUUGGACUACUUACAUCGGCAGCUUUCGAUUAUUCACACUGAUUUAAAGCCAGAGAAUAUCUUGCUUUUGUCAAUGAUAGAUCCAUCUAAGAAUCCUUGUAAAUCAGGUCCUCUCGUUCUCCCAACUAGCAAGAAUAAAGUUGUUGUUGAAUCUGCUUCUUCAAAAUACAGCAAGAGUUUAAAUGGAGACCUAACCAAGAAUCAGAAAAAGAAAAUUCGCAAGAAAGCUAAGAAGGCAGCUCAAGUUUCUGCAGGGAAAGAAGCUUCAGAUGAAAACAAGACUGAUCCUCAAACCCCUGUCCAUGAGGAUUCUAACAGUGAUCCAAAAUUGAAUGAAGAUUUUGUUGACGAACAAUCAAAUAAUUCUGUGGUUAAAGAUGAAUUAACAAAGAGUGAAGAAAAGAAGAAUGCUUGUCAAGAAAAACAUGGUAGCAGAAGGGGCAUCCGUUCCACAAGGCAAAAGCUGUUAGCAGCAGUUGAUCUCAAGUGCAAAUUGGUUGAUUUUGGAAAUGCUUGUUGGACAUACAAACAAUUCACGAGUGAUAUUCAGACAAGGCAGUAUAGGUGUCCAGAGGUUAUUCUUGGAUCUAAAUACUCAACUCAAGCAGAUCUUUGGUCCUUUGCUUGUAUUUGCUUUGAGCUGGCUACUGGUGAUGUCCUCUUUGAUCCUCACAGUGGUGAUAACUAUGAUAGAGAUGAGGAUCACUUGGCAUUGAUGAUGGAGCUUAUUGGUGUGAUGCCACGUAAGAUUGCAUUAGGAGGUAAGUAUUCGAGGGAUUUCUUCAAUAAACAUGGAGAUUUAAGGCACAUCCGUAGAUUGCGGUUUUGGACCCUCAACAAGGUACUCAUGGAGAAGUAUAAUUUCAGUGAGCAAGAUGCAAUUGACAUGGCCGACUUCCUCGUUCCCAUACUUGAUUUUGUACCUGAAAAGAGGCCCACAGCAGCUCAAUGCCUUAGCCACUCAUGGAUUACUGCAGGGCCCCAUCUGCUCAAACCUGCCACACCUUCCAUUCAAUUGCAUACAACUGAUGGGAAUAUAUCAGAGAAAAAGAGGGAGAAAGAUGAGAAGGCAGCCAUGGAAACUGGAGUAGGCAAUAUAGCUAUUAAUGGCACUCCAUAGCCACACGAAGGAAUCCACCCGCACUCAACUCUUCAAAAUAGACAUGUCAGUAUUGUUUUAAAACCUUUUAACUUUUCAUGCAAACCUUUUCUUCUUCACGACUUUGCCACAAAUGCUUUUGCAUUCUUUAUGAGGACUUUGGCUUCCCAUGUCAUUCGAGAUCAAACAGAUAUUUUGCUGUCCAGAUUCAACUCCGGAAGCAUCACGGGAUGGAAGUUAGGUUCUCUCAGGUAUCUACAUAUGUUUUCAACAUCUGCGUGUCCUUCGAACAAAAUGAUUGUCUAUCAAGCUUCUAGGGUGUAGUUAUCAUUUGGAUUGAAUUUAACAGUUGCAUAUUUGAUUGCAUUAGUUAUUCUUAUUCUUAUUUUUCUUUCUUCAACGUUUGUCUAUUGUCCCAUGAGCGACGCAAUUUUGUAACUAGCCGAGGGAAAGACAUUAUUGAAUUUGCAUUGCAAGUA